GAUAUAUUCAAAAAUAUAAACAAAAAAGAAGAAAAUAUAUAAAAUGUAAAGAGCUUAUUAAUGACUUACUUAGAGUAGCUUAUACAUAUGUUCAACAAUAUACUAAAAUACAAUUAUCAAAAAAAAAUAUUUUGAAACAAGCAAGACUAGCAUUUAAAAUACCUAAUAGAAAAAAACUUUUUACAAAAUUACUAGAUUAUAUUUUUAAUGAAACAAAACAUGAUAUUGAAAAAUUAAUUAACAAAUAUACAAAUAUGUAUCUUAUAACAGAUACUCAUCUAACUAAUGAAACAUAUCAAAAUAGAGAAGCUAUUGCUAAUAAUUUAGAAAAAGCAAUUAUUGAAAUUGGUAAUAAAGUUAACUUAUUAGAUCUAACAGAUAAUGAUUCAGGUAAAGAAGAUUAUUCAAAUUUUGAAAAAAUUAGUAAAGAAAUGGAUAAUGAUGAAACAGAUAGUGAAGAAGCAAAUAGUGAAGAAACAGAUAGUGAAAUAGGAA